GUAACAGGUAAAGGAUUCAGUUGAACCAAACAACAAGUAGUUGAACUGAUACAUUGAAGAGAAGGAGUUACAUAGGAGAUGUCUACAUAUUUGAAUACGAAGCAACAACGGUUGAUUGAAGAGUAUACCAAAAACCAUGUUAAAUAUUAUGAUAAAAUCUCUGGUCAAUACUUGAAAACAAGACAAGAUAUAUUACAAUUAAACUCUAGUAUAAUACAAGAUAUCAAACUAAAGCAAGAGGUAUCGAAUAGUAAUAAGAUCAAACUUUAUGAAUUACAAUUUGAAUUGGAUAAAAACUUGGAAGCCUACAAACAUCACAUCAAUGAUUUAAGUCAACAUAUAUCGAUAAAGAUUGAAUUAAAAAGUCCAUAUCAAGAUGAUAUCAAUCAACAACAUCAGAAGUUGAUUGAAAGAAGAUCGAAAUUAAAUGAUAAGAUUAUAGAUAUUGAACAAGUUCAAAAACCAAAAUUGGAUAAAAUGAAGUUAUUAGUCAAAAGUUUUGAUCUUAAUUCAAAAUCAUCAACUACAAAAGCAUAUAUUCAAGCCAGAAAGGAAGGUGAAAGUGAAAAUAGUACUGAGAUUGAUCUUCAAAGUCUUAGAUUCACUCGAGAUGAGAUUCAAUUUCUUUUUGAAGAUGUUUAUGUUGAUUUACAUGCUAAAUAUAAGGAUGAUCCAAAAUUUGAUCAAGCAUUUAAUUUAAAUCAAAGUAUUGAAGAACAAUUAAAGAAUGGUAAACCAUUCGUUAGAUUAGAAAAUAAAGAAGAUCCAAAGAAUCCCAUAUAUCAAUAUAAAAUCGAUAAAUCUACUUUACAACUGUUGGAUAGAUAUACUACUAUAGAUGAUUAUGAUAAAUUAAUUAAAAGUACUUUAACUAGUAUAGAACUGUUGGUUCAACAAGGUAUAGAAUCAAAGGAGAGUUGGACUAAUAAUGCUAGAAAGAUCGAAAUCAUUAAAGAAUCAUUAGAUAAACAUGAUGAUCAAAAUAAAGAUAUUGACAUGAUUGAAUAGAAGUAAUAUAAAUAUAUAGUAUUAACUUUAUA